UGUUAUUAUCUCAUUUAUUCCUCGCAACAAGCCUGUGAGGCAGGAAUCAUAAUGAUGAUUAUUAUACUGAUUUUGCAGGUGAGGAAAUUGGGGCUUGGGAGGUUAAAUGACUAGGGCAAAAUCCCCCAGCUAGUCAGCCACGGGGCACGUCAAAACCGGCCCCUACGCACACUCCUCUGAGAGUCCUGGAUGACUCUGCACCCUCACCGCCCCAGGAGCCCCCCAAGAGCCCCUGCUGACCCUCAGGAAAGAGGCCCGAUCCUACCUGCUCCUCUCUCCAAGCACCCUUGCCCUCCAGCUCCAUUACAGAUAAAGCCUGCAUGUUCACGGUGAUGGAGGGACUCUGGGGACCCCCGCAUGAGCCUAAAUGUGAUGGGGGUGCUGAGUCGAGGUAAAGUGGCGAGAGCACUGGGCUGGAAAUCUGAGAGACAUGGACGCCAGCCCUGGGCCUGCUAGUGCGUGACCUUGGGCAAGUCAGCGGCGCUUUUCCCAUUUGUACAACAGAGAACUUAAGAUGGAUGACCCCUUCACCGAGUGGACACUCUCAGAUGCCCAGGAGGGGGUUGAUGGUCCUAACCAGUCUUAAUUGGCUGGAGCAUGCACUGGACACAGCUGACUCCAAGUUCCUGAAAAACAACUUGGGCAAACAUCUUACGGUUUAGUCUGAGUAAGAUCUGGAGGAUGUGCAAGUCUUUUGUAGCAACAACUAAAGCGACCCUAACAGUGAGGCCCAUGAGGCUCCCAGUUCCCACUGAGUGCCGCCCUGAAGGAUGUCCCAGCUCUCCUCCACCCUGAAGCGCUACACAGAAUCGGCCCGCUACACAGAUGCCCCUUAUGCCAAAUCAGGCUAUGGCACCUACACUCCCUCCUCCUACGGGGCCAACCUGGCUGCCUCCUUCCUGGAGAAGGAGAAGCUUGGUCUCAAGCCCGGCCCCCCCACCAGCUUCCUCACACGUCCCCAUACGUAUGGCCCCCCCUCCAUCCUGGACUAUGACCGAGGCCGCCCCCUGCUGAGACCCGAUGUCAUCGGGGGUGCUAAGCGUGCGGAGAGCCAGACUCGGGGCACCGAGCGGCCUUCAGGGAGUGGACUCAGCGGGGGCAGUGGAUUCCCUUAUGGAGUGACCACCAGCUACCUGCCCAUCGAUGCCCGUGACCAGGGGGUAACCCUGACCCAGAAGAAGUCGAACAGUCAAUCAGACCUGGCCCGGGAUUUCUCCAGCCUCCGGACCUCAGAUAGCUGCCGGCUAGACCUGGGCCGCAGCCCCAUGCUGGCCCGCACGCGCAAGGAGCUGUGUGCCCUGCAGGGGCUCUACCAGGCAGCCAGCCGCUCCGAGUACCUGGCCGACUACCUGGAGGACUAUGGUCGCAAGGGCAGCGCACCACAGGUGCCCAGCCAGGCCCCUCACUCCCGAGUCCCUGAAGUCCUCAGCCCCACCUACCGACCGAGUGGCCGUUACACGCUGUGGGAGAAAGGCAAGGGCCAGGCCCCUGUGUCGGGCUGCUCCAGCUCCCCAGUGCGAAACACCAUGAAUUCUAAGAGCACCCAGGGUCUGGCUGGUCUUCGAAACCUUGGGAACACGUGCUUCAUGAACUCCAUUCUGCAGUGCCUGAGCAACACCCGGGAGCUGAGGGACUACUGCCUCCAGAGGCUCUACAUGCGGGACCUCAGCCACAGCAGCAGUGCACACACAGCCCUCAUGGAAGAGUUUGCAAAACUAAUCCAGACCAUAUGGACCUCAUCCCCCAAUGAUGUGGUGAGCCCCUCUGAGUUCAAGACCCAGAUCCAGAGAUAUGCACCGCGCUUUGUCGGCUAUAAUCAGCAGGACGCUCAGGAGUUUCUUCGCUUCCUUCUGGACGGGCUCCACAAUGAGGUGAACCGGGUCACAGCGAGGCCCAAGUCCAGCCCUGAAAACCUCGACCAUCUUCCCGAUGAUGAGAAAGGGCGCCAGAUGUGGAGGAAAUAUCUAGAACGGGAAGACAGUCGGAUCGGGGAUCUCUUUGUCGGGCAGCUGAAGAGCUCCCUGACAUGUACCGAUUGUGGUUACUGUUCUACAGUCUUUGAUCCCUUCUGGGACCUGUCUCUGCCCAUUGCUAAGCGAGGUUAUCCUGAGGUGACAUUAAUGGACUGCAUGAGGCUCUUCACCAAAGAGGAUGUGCUUGAUGGCGAUGAAAAGCCAACGUGCUGUCGCUGCCGCGCCAGAAAGCGGUGUAUAAAGAAGUUCUCCAUCCAGAGGUUCCCAAAGAUCUUGGUGCUCCAUCUGAAGCGGUUCUCAGAAUCCAGGAUACGAACCAGCAAGCUCACAACAUUUGUGAAUUUCCCACUAAGAGACCUGGACUUGAGAGAAUUUGCCUCAGAAAACACCAACCAUGCUGUUUACAACCUGUAUGCUGUGUCCAAUCACUCCGGAACCACCAUGGGCGGCCAUUACACAGCCUACUGCCGGAGCCCGGUGACAGGCGAAUGGCACACGUUCAAUGACUCCAGCGUCUCCCCCAUGUCCUCCGGCCAAGUGCGCACCAGCGAUGCCUACUUGCUCUUCUACGAGUUGGCCAGUCCGCCCUCCCGCAUGUAGCAACGAGGAGCUACAUCUCAUCCUUCCCUGCGAUGGUCCUACACCCUAAGUUUUUUUUAAAAGACAAAAAAAGGAAAAACAAACCCACCUGACUAAUAAGCGAAAAAUAAAGGAAAGUGAAGCUGCCGAGCAGGAGUUGCUGCAGCCUGGCCAGGGUCUGGAGUGGGGAGCCUGCUGCCCCCGAGCCCCGCCUGGCAGGGAAGCUCGGCAGGACACAGACUGAGCCAGCACAGUGUCCCUCGGCUUCUCAUGUUUGCAUUUGUAAGCUUGUGGUUUCUUCCUGUGUGUGAUUAAACAACAGCCGUCUGUGGGGAGAAGGUCCUCAUCCACCGGCCCUCUGGCCGAGGCUCCAGCCCCGGCCUCCGGAAAGACAGCGCCCUCUGGAGCCUGCUGGGGAGGAUCGCCGCCCGUCUUCACUGGUCCAGGAGCAAGAAAAACACCCAUGAGCCAAGAGCCCUCUUAACGCUGCUAACUCCAGGGGGACAGAUGAGGGGACGUCUUUGAAAAAACCUGUUUUUGGUUUUUAAAAGCCCAGCUGUUUUUUUUAAUUUACCGUAACUAAAGUUUUCAGACUGGAGAUGCUCUCUUUCACACCUCUUCACAGCUGGGACGUUGUGCUGGUCAUUUUUCUUUUUUUUCCUUAAUUCUUCAAAA